UAACUCGUAGCUUGUAGGUCGCUUCUGCUGAAGCCCUGGUGUCUGUGAGUGGCUGCUGGGCUCCCUGCCAGGCUCCCUUUCCUAUCUGCACUGGCUGAUGGAUCCUAAGGGGCACUUCUCUUUAAACUUUGUGCUGUUUCUUUCCCUGACUGUUGAGCUGAGCUGCGGAACAGGUGGGGGUAUGCUGGACUGCCCAAAGAUUCUUUUGAUGUUGGGAAGAAAUGUGAUACUGCCCCUCACAUAUCAAGGAAUAAAUAAGAGCAUGAACAACAGCAUCCGCAUCCUUGUCACAAUGGCAAACUCACCAGGAAACAGUCUCAAGAAGAAAAUAGUGUCUCUUGACCCAUCAUCGGAAGGGGGCUCUCCACGCUAUGUAGAGAACCGCUAUAAGUUUCACCUGGAAAACCUGAGCCUGGAGAUCCUGGAAAGCAGGAAGGAAGAUGAGGGCUGGUACUCUAUGACCUUGGAGCAAAAUGUUUCAGUCCAGAAUUUUUGCCUGCAGCUGAAGCUUUAUGAGCAGGUCUCCACUCCGGAAAUUAAGGUGUUAAACAGAACCCAGGAGAACGGGAGCUGCAGCUUGGUGCUGGCCUGUAUGGUGGAGAAGGGGGACCAUGUGGACUACAGCUGGAGCCCCGGGUCAGGCACCCACUCACUGAGCCCAGCCAAUGGCUCCCAUCUCCUGCACCUCACCCUCGGCCCUCAGCAUGCCAACGAUUUCUACAUCUGCACCGUGAGCAACCCCAUCAGCAACCGCUCCCACACCUUCAGCCCAUGGUCCAGAUGCAGGCCAGAUCCCCCAGAAGCGACACAUCGGCUACUGUAUGUUGGGCUGGUCGUAGGGAUCAUCAUUGGUUUCAUCGUGAUUCUCCCAGUGAUAACAUGGCUGUUGAGAAGAAGAGGUGAAACAGACCAAUACCAGUCAACAGUGGAAGCCAAAAGCCUUACAAUCUACGCCCAAGUCCAGAAGCCAGGUCCUCUUCAGAAUAAACCUGAUGCACCGCCAGCUCAGGACCCCUGCACCACAAUUUACGUUGCUGCCACAGAGCCUGUCCCAGCACCUGUCCCAGCACCUGUCCCAGCCCCUGUCCCAACGUCUGUCCAGGAACUAAACUCCAUCACAGUCUAUGCCAGUGUGACUCUUCCAGAGAGCUGACACCACAGCCUCAGCAAAGAGACUUUCUGAAGCAAUAUGGAAGAACCAAAAUAAACGCUGAGCUUGGCCCCAGGCCCCAAGUUCCCUGAGGCACAUCAGGACCCUUCUUCCACAUCCACCUGUGAAAUGGUCAAGGAUGUGAGGCUUCCGCAGCACUUAACCUGCUCUGCAGUGGGCAUAAGCACAGACUAGAGUGCGACUUACCGUAGCUUUCCAUCUCUGUGGUGUAGAUGAAAUGGAUGAUGUGAGUCCACUGAAUCCAGAUUCUGGGCAUCCUGCUGUUUGCUGGGAUUGGAAAAUAAAGGCCAAAGAUAGAACACCUGGUAUCUAGCCCAGACAACUGAACACCAGCCACAUGGUCUGAAAGUUUACAUUUUGACUGCCAGUUCUUUGCUCAGGGAGCUGAUCCUGACCAUCAUACAGAACCGAUCAAAGCUCUGUGCCUCCAUUUCUCUCUAUGGAAGGACAAUGAAGGGCGAAUUCCUUAUUAUAUAUAAAGUACUCUGAGAUUGUUGUAUAAAAGAAGCUAAGAGAGUCAGUAUUUUAUUGCGAAACCUAGAAGCUGAAGAGUCAAUAAACUGACAGAAUGACUUCGUCUCUGAACUUUGAAUAAUGGAAGGAAAACCAUCUGAGAUUUUUGAAGGUAUAAUUCUGUGCAAACAACAUUCAAUUUUAAAGAAAAGUGGCAAAUGUUUAGUGAAGGAUGUUACAAAGGAAUUUGGAAUAGUCAGAUGAAUUUGUCCCAGGGUGAUUUCUCACUUCCCCAAAUGUUUUUUUAAUCCUGGUUGUCUGUUUACUCCCUUGGACAACACAUCUGGAGCAUCAACUAAAACUUUCUUCGAGCUUCUUCUGAACCUAUUUUCAGAUCCCAGGCCUCAUGUGGUAUUGAAAGUUAGGGUCUCUACUAGGCACUUCCUACCUCCUGCAUACCUCUCCACAUGCUAAAUUUAUCGUGGGGUAGAAAAUCAAGGUAUUUUAGCCCAAUGACUUCAAAUGAGUGAGUUCUCAAUAACUUAUUUUGCAGGCUGCAGGCAAAAAGGGUCUCCUAUUUUCUUUCCAUUCUUUGCUUUCAGACAGACCCUUUUCAAUAUAAGCUCCUUGUUUUCUUGUAGGUUCUUGUAUAACCUUAGUGAACACUUUAAGAAAUAACAACUAGUUUACAAUCUCAUAACAAGGGUCACUAAUGUCCCAGCUCAUAACUCUGAGGUUCUUUCCACCUUUACCCUGUUCGGUCAAUUCACAUUUUAGUUUCUGUUGCUGGGGUGCAUCCCCUUUCCUGGUACUAAUGUCUGCAAUAGGGUUCUUGGUUGCAAUCAAGAGAAACUGACUCUAGAGUUUUUUUUCUUACAUAGGAAAGGAAUCGAUUGAAAAUAUAUUGUUUCCUUCAAAGAAUUUGUUAGGAGGUGCUGCAAAACCAUGCUUUGAAAACGAUCAGGGAGAAAGGGAAACUAGGGACUUCGAUGCUGGACCCCACAGUUGCACUGCCCCUCCCUUAGCACUAGACAUUGGGCACCACUACCUCACUGCCUUUGCUGGAUUUGGAAACUGGAUAUUACUGUUGCUGCUGUAUUCUCUGUGACCAAAAUGAGUCCUCCAGGAUCCCUCCUUCAUCUCAUCAUUUCUAGCUUCUAAUGCUGUCUGGGAUUGAUUGGCCAGUGCUAGGUUGCAUGUCCAUAUUCUACCUCCAAGGAGGCUUGGAAUUGAAUAUCUGGCAUCUUCUGCUUUAUAGUGGUUGGUGGGCUCGGCCUCUAAUGAUUUAGGGAAUUUCCCCAACAUAGGAAGUGGGUUCAGAUGCUGGGCAGCCAAUAGAUCUGUAAAUGUCCACUGCACCAUCCUGGUAUAACCUAGGCUCAUUAGCUGUCUGUUCUCAAAAAAAAAAAACAACAUAGAGCUGCUAACAGGGAUUUGAGAAUGCUGGGGCUGUGAGCACUCACCCCCUUCACUACAACUCAGAUUGGCUCUAGCAACUCAGUUCCCAACACUUGGGAUUUUCCUGUGGCUGAAUUCUGUCUGAUGGAGGGGCAGAAACAAAGAGGGAAAGAAGAGGCUCUCCCCUCAAAAUUCCUUAACCCCUGGACUCAAGACCUCACAGGGGAGGGAGGCUGUGUCCUAAGGGAGCCUUUUGGGCCAUCCAUUCUUCUCUGGAGAGAGGAUGCCUUCCAAAUGCCCAUUUGACAUUAUGUCUCUCACUAUCAGGCCUGGGGUUACAGUGGAAAAACAGAGACCUCUUCAGAUUCUACUCUUUCUGCUCUUUAAUUUUCCCCAGAUGGAAGUGAGGAUGAACUGGAGCUUUCCUUUUCCUCAGGCUUAAAAAGAAAACUGAUACUUUAGAGUCUGGUUUCCCCAGGCUUCUUCUCUAAUGUUGUUUUCUUCUGACUGAGCCUCUGUAUUCUGGAGAACUCAGGAGGAACAGAUCCUUUCUCAGUUUUAAGGGGCUGAUGUUCUGAGAUAUAACUGGGUGUGGUCUCAGGCCUUCUUAGGACAUUUACUGCAGUCCCACAACUGGGACAUGACUGUUAAAGGUGUGUAUGCUGUCCGAGAAACCACUGAUUGCAAUAAGGCAAUUCUUCUCCUGAAGUUUAUGUUUCUACCCUCCUGAAAAUGAAUAAAAUACAGCCAAUCUAUCAAAUUGCACUUUUGCUUUGUGUUUCUUAGAGGAUUCAUUACAUGGCAUGGCAUGAAACGUUGACUAGUUUCAUAGCCUUGUGUCUCUGCAGCUGUAGUUAUAAAAUGCAGAAGAUGGGCUGAUUUGAGUUGAUGAGCUGUGAGGUUUUCCCUUUCCUGGGGAGUGUGCAAGGGUUAGCUCUCUCUGUACCCUUUUCAUCAAUGAUCAGGAGCUAUCCUCCACACAGAGAAGAGAACUGUUUUUAAAGGAGAGCUCAAUUUUUGUCACUGACAGAACAAUCCCCUUCCCUGAAUCUCUCCAGAUUCUCCUGUGAAGAAGACCUAGAGCAGCAUUUCUCAACAGCAGCCCUGUUGACAUUUGGGUUGGCUAAUUCUUUGUUGUGAGAGGAUCCUGUGCAUUGUAGGAUGCUUAGCAGUGUCCCAGCCUCUAACUACUAGAUGACAACACAGCAUCUCCCACACACACUUGUGACAAUCAAAAAUAUCUCCAGACAUUGUCAAAUGUCCCCUAGAAAAAUCACCCCUGGUUGAGAACCAUGGCUGGAGAGAAAUGAUGCCCCACUCAUCAGCUUU